UUAAAUCUCUUUACUGGUUUGAUCAAAGCAUCAUUUUACCACUGUUUUUUGGGAAAUUUAAAGGGUUUGUUGGAAUUUUAAAAAUGUUUUACUUGUAGUAACUUAUUGAUUGAUUGAUACGGACUACAAAUAUAAAUAUAUUUCUUAUUUGGCUACAAGCUGUCAACACCCUGGCCAGUUUUACUGUAUAGUGUUGCAAUCUGAAAAAAGUAACUAGAAUUAGUGAUUCAUUAUUCACAUAUAACUACUGAUGAAACCAGUUUGGGGAGGUGGGGAAGUAAACAGAGAUCGUUAUAGUGCUAGGCUGUUGAAUAGCUUAGAUGACCUUGAUAGUAAGCCCUAGCCUGCUUAGAACAAGAAUUUGGGACAAGGAACUUCCACACAGUGUAUCAUCUCAUACAGCACACAACUACAGUGUAUAAGAAAAAUAAUUGCUCCCUUACCAAUUCAAAGGUGGAAAGAAAGGGUAGGGGUCUUUUAAAAUUUACACUCAUAUGUUCGAGUGUAUUGGAAGAUUAACCAUGUUGAAAAUAAUAAUAAGAAUUGUGAAUAUUCAUGCUGAGAUUUGGGUUUUGAAAUAUUUUCAACCUAACUAGUCCAAGGGAAACUUCCCCUGGCUUUAUAACACCAAGUCACUCUGCGUAUCAUCAUGUCUAUUCUUCUCAGCUAAUUAAGAGUACACUCAUAUAUUAUGAAAAUGGUAGUAUCCUGGAUAGAGAGUUGUCACCAUUGGAAUGAACCCAUGGUUACACAUGGUUUUCUUUUUAAUUACAAUGUGUAGUAAAUUUGUGAUUAUAGGAUUCCAUGAAGCUAUUUUGCAGACAUCUGAGGUAAAGAUAUUUCGUAAAUACAGUGAUGUUAUUGGACAUCCCCAAACUGUUAUAUCUAGAACAUGCAGUGUAAAUCAGUAGAUCUUCUGGGGCAUACUAAAAUUAGACUUCUGAAAUUGAUUCUUCUGCUGUACGUGCAAGAGGAGUUCUAAACUGUUCUGGCAUUUCCUUGGUUUGUCACUUAAAUUUCUUGGAUUAAUUCUCAAAUUAAGCAGAGUGAGAUGAAACGUAUCUCUUGCCAAUGCUAAAUAUAAGCCUGAGUAUUUCCGUAGUAGAAAUAGGUCAUGGAUGCGUGCUAUCUCAUUGUAGGACUUUUGCCUUGUUUAUUAGUUUUCAUUUUAGGAGAACACUUUAAUUUAAAGGAAACCAGUUCACUGUAAGUUUAUUUUUAGUGAGGCUUUUAGCCAUAGUAGUUAUACCCAUUAAUAGCUAAAAAAACCCAAAACAUAUGCAUACCUUUACUCCUGCCUUCCUGAAACGCAAAUGCUCACAUCAUGCUGCGAGAAUAAAAUGUUUGUUUCCUUAAUUGUGUAACAGCGUAUCUUCUCAACAUAGCAUUGAACAUAAUGUUAUGAAUAUAUGCAUAUUAUGAAGUUUAUUUUUAAAAUGGGGAGAAUGUUGUAAAAAAAGCAAAUUGAAGUAUUUUCCUGUUGGCACUCUUUCUGCUGAUCUCAUGUGAAAACACAUUUCUGAAAUCUGCAUGUUCUCUCUCUCCAAAUUUAAGAGGUAACGUUUUCUUUUUUAAGUUUGUGUUUCCUAUUACAUACUUUUGAUUUAUUACAUCAUGAAUUAUUUGGCUAAUUCUUGCUAAAGAGUUUACAUAUAAUUACACAAUGAAAACAAGGGCUGUUAUCACAAAAGUUAAUUGCUACAGUGCUGCUCAUUUUUAUUUUUUAACACUUUGCUUGCAACAGUAAUCUGUCUGCAGCAACCACUAGCAUGCUUCUUUGCUUGCUUUCUAAUUGGCAUUGUUCAUUUAUACUUUCAGGUCUACUGGCUUUCUUUCCCCAUUGGAAACCAAAACAUUAUGAUGUCAUUGUAGGGGUGCUGUCUGCACGGAAUAAUGUUGAAUUGCGCAAUGCUAUAAGGAACACUUGGUUCAAGCAUUUGAAACAACACCCAGGACUAAGUCAGCGUGUCCUUGUGAAGUUUAUAAUUGGUGCACAUGGAUGUGAUGUGCCAGUAGAAGACAGAGAGGAUCCUUAUUCAUGCAGGCUUCUGAACAUCAGUAAUCCAGUUCUGAAUCAAGAAAUUGAAGCAUUCACUCUGCCAGAGGAUGAUAUGUCAGUGCUCUCAGAAGACAGAGUGGUCAGUGUGCAUUUCAAAGUCCUUUACCCCAUUGUCAUCACCAGUCUUGGGGUGUUCUAUGAUGCUAAGGAUGUAGGUUUCCAGAGGAACAUCACAGUGAAACUAUACCAGGCAGAACAAGAGGAGGCUCUCUUCAGUGCUCGUUUUAGUCCACCUAGCUCUGGAGUACAAGUGAACAGACUUUGGUAUAAACCCGUGGAACAGUUCAUUCUACCUGAGAGUUUUGAAGGCACUAUUGUGUGGGAAAGCCAGGAUCUGCAAGGCCUUGUUUCAAGAAAUCUUCAUAAAGUGAUGGUGAACGAUGGUGGAGGUGUCUUCAGAAUCACUACGGCAGGGGAAGGGUCAUUGCCCCAUGAAUUUACACAAGGUGUGGAGGGGAUUGCAGGAGGUUUUAUUUACACAAUUCAAGAAGGAGAGAUACUUGUUCAAAGUCUUCAGAGUCGCUCAGAAAGAUUCAUCCAUCAUGUCAAUAAACUUGAAGAGGAAGAUGUUUCAUUGAAGGAAGAAAGCAGCACUUACAAUGAUAUUGUUUUUGUUGAUGUAGUUGAUACUUACAGAAAUGUUCCAGCCAAAUUACUGAAUUUCUACCGAUGGACAGUAGAAGCAGCAAGCUUUGACGUGUUGCUGAAAACUGAUGAUGACUGCUACAUAGAUUUGGAGGCUGUGUUCAACAGAAUAAAGCUGAAGAACCUGGGCAGACCAAAUACAUGGUGGGGCAAUUUCAGACUAAACUGGGCAGUCGACCGAACUGGCAAGUGGCAAGAAUUGGAAUAUCCAAGUCCUGCGUAUCCAGCAUUUGCUUGUGGGUCUGGUUAUGUUAUUUCCAAAGACAUUGUGGAGUGGCUGGCAAGCAACUCAGACAGACUAAAGAUAUAUCAGGGUGAAGAUGUGAGUAUGGGUAUUUGGAUGGCAGCCAUUGGGCCAAAACGGUAUCAGGACAGUCUCUGGUUGUGUGAGAAGACCUGUGAGAGUGGUAUGCUGUCUUCUCCUCAGUAUUCUCCAGAAGAACUUACAGAGCUCUGGCAAAUAAAGGAACAUUGUGGAGACCCCUGUAAAUGUGAAGAAAGAUGAAGGCUUGACAAAACCAACUAUACCUUCAUCUGAACAGUGACCAAACACUAUGGGAAAAGUGGAGGAGUUUUCUGUUAUGCAUUUGAGAAAGAAUGGAUGGAAAGCCUCAAAACUACUUCUCAAAGAAGAAAUUCCAUACGUAUCCCAUGUAGUUUGUCACUUGUGACAAAUGCAUCCAUGUCUCACUGAUGGUUGUGUCUGCUCCUCUCCCACUGCUUAUCUCCAGUGAGAAAGAUACAUUCACUACGGCUAGCAAGCUAGACAUGGGAGUCAAAUGUUCUUCACAAAAGUGCUUCAUUUUAGUAAUUUGUCUGGUGUGAAGUGGCCCUUAGAGCAGUGUUUGCACAUCUCUCCCCCCCAUUUUUUUUAGUAAAGGCGUAUUUUCUGCAGUAAUUUGACAAAGCCAAAUAUGAAUAUGAUACAAUUUCAUUUAUGUGUAAAUUAUAGAAGUAGAUAAAUUUAGCCCCUCAUGCAGUUAGGGUGUGGGGGAAAAAUACGGACUUGAAAUUAUGCCUAGGAAGGCAGAUAUAUCACUGUUAGAACUGUAUAAUUAUACCAUGCUGCCAAGACUAGUUAACUGAGGUAGAUUUCACACUGAUGGCAGUUGAGUCAUGUGCAGUCAGUACUAUGGUACUAUCAGUUGCUUCAUUUCAGUCGUCUGUGUUCAAAAUGCAGCUUGGAGGUGCAGACAGUACACCAGCACUUGCAUCCAGGGACACAAUCAAGUAAUGAAUUAUAAACAUUGCAGUAGUUCUACUCCCUUUGUGGCUUGAACCAAGGGGGGAAGGCUAAGGGUGAAGGUCUGGCCUUCGAUGGAUCAGUAGGCAUUCACAACAUUUAAGUCUUUUUACCUUAGGUGGGCACUAGAAAAGGUGGUAAUGGUACCUUAGCUUUCAAUCAUUGAAUUGUGAUUAUCUGUAUAGUGAGAGAGGUUUGUUGA